AUGGGUGGCCCGACACAGUCUGGAAAUGACAACCUGACCGUGCGCGACAACCGCACGGGUAAGGUCUACACCAUCCCGAUCGGGGACAAUGCAGUUUCUGCCACGGCGUUUAAAGCUAUGAUAGCGCCCAGGAAGCCGGGAGAGCGCGAAGAGAACGAGACCGAGAAAGGCUUGCGCGUGCAGGACAAGGGGUUCUUGAACACUGCCGUCAUUCGGAGUGAGAUAACGUAUAUUGACGGAGAGGCCGGAGUGCUCAGAUACAGAGGGUAUCCAAUCGAGCAGCUCGCCGUGCAUUCCUCCCACCUUGAGACGGCUUAUCUUCUUAUAUAUGGCGCUCUUCCAACCAAGGAGCAGUUUGGCUUCUUCCAGAGCGAGGUUUUGCUUCACUCAGUGAUACACUCGGACGCGGAAGGUUUCUUCCGCUCAUUCCGAUAUGAUGCGCAUCCUAUGAGCAUGCUUACAAGCGCCUUCGCUAUGUUGGGAUCCUAUUAUAGCGAGGCCAACCCGUCUCUACAAGGUCAACGACUGUAUACAAAGGGUGAUAAAAUUUCCCUCGCCACAAUGGACAGACAGAUUUAUAGGCUGAUUGGCAAGGCGACUACUCUCGCCGCGAUGGCGUACCGUAUCCGACAAGGUCGAGAUUUCGUCACACCUCCCACUGGCCUCAGCUAUACUGGCUCGUUCUUGUACCAGAUGGACCACCUUGGAGAGGAAAACUAUGUUCCCAAUCCCGUCCUAGAGAAGGCCCUUGAUGUCCUGUUCCUCCUGCAUGCGGAUCACGAACUGAACGCGUCAUGUACGACGGUAUUGCAGACCGGAAGCUCGCUGGUCGACCCCUACUCUGCUGUUGCUGCGGGCUGUGCUUCACUCUAUGGGCCUCUACAUGGUGGUGCGAACGAGGCUGUCAUUCGGAUGCUAAUCUCAAUCGGACGUCCGGAGAACGUACCUGCGUUCAUUGAGGCAGUCAAGAGGCGCGAGAAAACGCUUUCAGGGUUUGGUCACCGCGUAUACAAAACUUCGGACCCUCGUUCCUUCAUCGUGCGCAAGACUGCAGACGAAGUUUUCAAAGUGACCGGAAAGGAUGAACUUCUCGAGACAGCUAUGGCACUGCAUGAUGCAGCGAUGAAGGAUGAGUACUUCGUCAAGCGGAAGCUUGCUCCAAACGUGGACUUCUGUGGACUGAUCUACCGGGCAAUGGGCUUUCCCCUCGACUUUUUCCCUGUGUUGUUCGUAGUACCGAGAGUGGUAGGGUGGCUAGCCCACUGGCGUCAGAUGAUGCUGCAGGAAGGCGGUGUGAAGAUCUGGCGUCCGCGGCAGGUUUACGUGGGUGCGGGAAGACGCGACUACGUCCCUCUAGAACAGCGUCCGGGCGUCCAGGACGCAAGACAGACCCCUUCUGCGGUCGAGCAUGGAGGGAUCACGAAGCGCUCUAUGCUGGCGAGCUUCGAGGGAAAGGCGAGACUAUAA